AUGGCUCAUCGCCUUGCGUGGGACUAUAUCCUCAAAUUUAUAAUCAUAGGCGAUGCAUCUGUGGGGAAAUCGUCUUUACUCGUGCGCCUGACGGAGAAUCGCUUCCUGGUCGACUCAGAGACGACCAUCGGCAUUGAGUUCGGAUCACAAAUAGUUACGUUACCCGAGGGAGAGCGAUUAAAAUUGCAAAUAUGGGAUACGGCAGGGAGCGAACAAUUUCGGAGUAUUACAAGGUCGUAUUACAAAGGUGCAGCGGGCUGCCUGAUCGUGUAUGACGUAACGGAGCGUGAGACAUUUGAGCAUGUCCUGUUGUGGCUACGGGAUGUGCAGGAGCAAGCCGAUGAACAUGCGAUCAUUGCCUUGGUCGGUAAUAUGGCCGAUCUCCCAAGCAUGGAGAGAUCCGUAUCGACUGAGGAAGGAGCUGCACUGGCGAAGGAGCAUCGGUACGUUCAUUCGGCACUCACGCCAGAAUGUUGUUUUUCGAAACCAGCGCUAAGACAGGGCAGGUAUGUCUCAUGGGCUCACCAAAGAAUGUGUCGGUCGUGUUUGAGUCGGUAG